AUGGCCGGUAACACUUACAUGAGUAAUUGCCGAGCAUGCCUAACUCCAAAAUCAUCUUUUACGUAUUUCUUAUUUGAGAACGUAUGUCCAGAGUCUUAUUACUUUUGUACCUCUGUUCAGGUAUCCAAAGAUGAAGAAUUACCAAGAGGUGUAUGCAACUCUUGUUAUGAGCUUCUGAAGAAUUACUCAGACUUUAAACGCACCUGCCUACAGUCACAGGCUAUGUUACUAGACAUUCUAACUAAUAAAUCAUUGAAAUAUGAAGUAGACAUUCCAGUACCGCACAGAACAGAAAACUAUGAAUUAAAUGAGACACUGGGAGAUAAAAUCAAGGUUGAAGUAAUUGAUGGCGCAAUUAAAAGUGAAAAUGGUGAUGAUCAUGAAUACAUGACUCAAAAUGAUGAUGAAGUUUGUAAUGAUGACCCAGUAAUUAACGAAGUCAAAACUCGUAAAAGAAAUAAAGUAAAGAAAGCUGUGAAAUUAAAUACACAGAGAAAUAUAAAGAAACAGAGGAAAAAAUUAAUUUACACAUGUGAUAUUUGCCAAAAGAAGUUUAAUUAUAAGCAGAGGUUUGAUGCACAUAAACUUGAACAUGAGGGGAAAAUUGUAUCCAUCUACUGUGCACCGUGCCAGAAAUCAUUUAUCACAUGGAGUGGGCUAAAACGUCACCAAAUCAGUACACACACGCAAGUAAAUCUGGAGAGUCUGCGGUGUAAGACUUGUGGCAAAAUAUUCAAGAGUCAGGACACAUUGCGGUCACAUAAAAAGUUACAUGGUGAUAGAAACUUGAUCAUGUGUGAUGUUUGCGGGAAAGGAUUCACUACUACUACUGUUUUAAAGAUCCAUAAAGAAUCACACACAGAGAACAGGGAACGUCGUUUUACGUGUGAACAUUGUGGCAAGAAGUUCUUCACAAAAACAGUAUUACUGUCACACGUAGCAAGAAGACAUUUGGGUCGCACUUUCAUAUGCCAAAUAUGUUCGUACCCAUUCAACGACAAGUACAAUUUAACCAAACACUUACUAAUACACGAAGGGAAGAAGCUGUUCAAAUGUGACAUCUGUAUGAAGUCCUUUAGAGCACAUUCGACUCUGGUGGAACAUAAGCGGUUGCAUACCGGAGAAAGACCGUAUGUGUGUAGCCAUUGCCAGAAAACAUUUGUUUCUAAGAAGAGAUUGACUGAUCAUUUAAGAAUUCAUACUGGUGAUAAACCGCACAAGUGUACGUUAUGUGAACAGAGGUUUACGCAACGAGGUACCCUGAAGAGGCAUAUGAAAGUUCACGAUAGGCCUGCACCUACAAUGAGCUAG